AUGGAGGCACAGGUCGAAAAUGCUGUCGAAAUUUUAUCGAAUCCCACAUCCAACCAGUCGGUGAAAGAGCAAGCCUUUGAGUAUCUCAAUCAACUACGAUCCGAUCCCCAAGGUUGGCAAGCAUGUACAAAUCUCUUUGCCCGGACUCCGCGGUCGUCAGAAGUGGUUCGAAUGGUUUGUCUUGAGGUCGUCAACUACGCCGUUCAUACCCAAGGGCUUGACGCCGAGAGCUUGUCGUACCUGAAAUAUACACUACUCCAAUAUGUUCGCCAGAGCUACGGUCCCGAUGCCCAGCAGGAGCCAGACCCAGUGUCACUUCAGAACAAGCUUACUCAGACACUGACUUACCUAUUUGUGUUCCUUUACCAAGACGGGUGGCAGAGCUUUCUGGACGACUUCUGGGAGCUGACAGGCGUACCAAAUGGCCGAGACAGCGUCGGCGGGGUGCUCUUCUACCUCCGAAUAUUGUCCUCGAUUCACGAUGAAAUUGCUGAUAUGCUGUUGUCUCGACAAAGCAACGAUGCCAAGCGAAACACGGAGCUCAAGGAUCAACUCAGAGCCCAGGAUAUGCACAAGGUCUCUGAAUCUUGGAAACAACUCCUCAACAAGUACCACGACAAUGACACUGUCAUUGAACUGGUACUGAAAGUGAUUGGCAAGUGGGUUAGUUGGAUGGAUAUAUCUCUUGUCGUCAGCCAAGACAUGAUCAACUUACUCCUGCCCUUGGUCGGUCGCACCACUGGUGGAGGAGAGGACAAGGUUCGGGAUGCCGCAAUUGACACGUUGACCGAAAUAUGCGGCAAGAAGAUGCGCUCGCCAGACAAGAUGGAGUUGGUAUCGUUCCUCAAUCUUCAGGAAAUUGUCGCUCAGCUCCUCGCUAGCGCCCCACUGAGCACGCACAAGGGGACCUCGAAAUACGAUACGGAUCUCGCUGAGGCUGUUGCGAAGCUAGUCAAUACAGUCAUGUCGGAUAUUGUCAAAGCUCUUGACGACAAUCAGACUGGCGAAGAGUCCAAAGCACGGGCUAAGCAGCACCUUCAUGGCUUCCUCCCAUUUCUCCUGCGGCUCUUCUCUGACGAAUACGACGAAGUCUGCUCCACAGUCAUUCCUGCGCUGACUGACCUCCUGACUUUCCUCCGCAAACUCGGACAGUUGACCCAGGACUAUGCCGGUAUGUUGGCUCCUAUUCUGGAUGCCAUUAUCAGGAAAAUGCGAUACGACGAAACCUCGACAUGGGGAAAUGAGGACGAACAAACCGAUGAGGCAGAGUUCCAGGAGUUGAGAAGAAAGUUGCAAAACCUGCAAAAGACUAUCGCUGCCAUUGACCAGCAGCUGUACAUGGAUAUGCUCAGCAACCUCGUAGCAAACACCUUUCAAACUUUGGAUCAAAGUGGAUCUGAGAUGGACUGGAGAGAUCUCGAUCUAGCACUUCACGAGAUGUACUUGUUUGGAGAGCUGGCGCUGCCAAAUCAAGGGUUAGGUACCAAGAACCAGCCUUCAACGGAGGCGUCCGAAAGACUCGUGGUCAUGAUGCAAAAGAUGGUUGGAUCUGGUAUUGCCAGUUUCUCCCAUCCCGCGAUUCUUCUUCAAUACAUGGAAAUCUGUGUGCGUUAUUGUAUCGUUUUCGAAAGCCACCAGGAUUAUAUCCCCCAAGUUCUGGAGAAUUUUGUGCGACUAGUUCACCACGAUCACGUUCGCAUCAAGACUCGGUCAUGGUACCUCUUCCAUCGGUUCAUUAAGCAGCUCCGCAGUCAGGUUGGAAACGUCGCAGAGACUGUCAUUCAUUCCAUUGGUGAUCUUCUGCCGAUCAAAGCGGAAGUCCCUGGAGAAGAUGCCGAUGAUGACAUGUCAUCCGACGAGUCAGAUCACUCUGCAGAUGCGUUAUUCAACAGCCAGCUGUAUCUGUUCGAGGCCAUUGGCUGCAUUUCUUCGACCACUAGCACUCCAGCUGACAAGCAAGGCUUGUAUGCACGAUCAGUGAUGGAUCCUCUUUUCCAGGACAUGGAAGUUCACCUCCCACGAGCCAAAUCUGGCGAUGUGCAGGCUGUUCUUCAGAUUCACCACAUUGUCAUGGCACUUGGCACUUUGGCCCAUGGGUUCUCGGAUUGGAGUCCUGGAUCUGCCGCAACUGGUCACCAUCCUCCGCCAGCCAAAGCCGUAUCGGACGAGUUUUCCAGAGCUGCCGAAGCAAUUUUGAUUGCGCUCAAUCAGCUAAACUCGUCGGCGGAAAUUCGCACUGCAUGCCGAUCAGCCUUUUCGAAACUUCUUGGGGUGCUUGGCUCCGCGGUUCUUCCACAGCUUCCUCAGUGGAUCGAAGGAUUACUGUCGCAGAGCUCGUCCAAGGACGAGAUGGCCAUGUUCCUGCGUCUGCUGGACCAGGUGGUUUUUGGCUUCAAGGCGGAGAUUUAUGAUGUUCUCAAUGUGUUACUCACGCCGUUGUUACAGCGAAUUUUUGGUGGAUUAUCAGAGCCCAUUUCCGGUACCGACGACGAAAUACAGCUGGCCGAACUUCGACGCGAGUAUUUGUCCUUCCUUCAAAUCAUCCUCAACAACGGGUUGGAUGGUGUGCUCAUCAGCGAAGCCAAUCAAGGGUUCUUUGAGCCUAUGAUUUCGUCCAUAACGCAAUUGGCUAACACUCUGGAUGGCAAUAUUGGCCCAAGCCGGCUUGCGUUUACACUUAUGGCAAGGAUCUCAGCCAUCUGGGGCGGCCCGGAUGUUGCCGCAAUUUCACAGAAUCCCACUGCGCCUACUGGGAACCCAACCCCAGCAAUCCCGGGCUUCGAUCGAUUCAUGCUUGAUAGAUUUCACUCGGUUUGCUGGGAAGUCAUGCGCAACCCUAGCUUCCGUCCGGCACAGGAUGCUCAGACAAAGCAAGUCUUGACGGAGAUUGCUGGUCUCGAACAAACUAUUUACACAAAGACAGGGGAUGUGUUUAUUCAGGAGUUGCAAAACGGGCUGUUUCCCAGCCUGGGUAUUAAUGGGGAUGAGUUUCUACGAUCACUGACGACAUCCACUGAUAAGAAAGUGUUCUCGUCAUAUCUACAGGGUCUUUUGAAGAAUAGGCAGUAA